CGGCCCGGGCCGCGGGGAGCGGGCGGCAGCGCACGGGGCAGGCCCCUGGGUGGCGCUCCGGGACCCGGGCGGACCUGGAUGGGCUCCCACGCCGGGGUCCGAGGCGCGCGACUGCGGCUCUCCGCCCUCCCGCCCCCGGCCACACCCCACCCCUCACCUCCUUCUCCUCCCUCCCUCCGCCCUGUCUGCCAGGUUGGAGGCGGGCUUAAAGCCAGGUGCGCCCAGCCAGCUCGCCAUGUCCAGAUCCGGGGACAGGACCUCCACCUUCGACCCCAGCCACAGCGACAACCUGCUGCACGGCCUCAACCUGCUGUGGAGGAAGCAGCUGUUCUGCGACGUGACCCUGACGGCCCAGGGCCAGCAGUUUCACUGCCACAAGGCCGUGCUGGCCUCCUGCUCGCAGUACUUCCGAUCGCUCUUCUCCAGUCACCCGCCCCUCGGGGGAGGCGUCGGCGGCCAGGACGGCCUGGGGGUCCCCAAGGACCAGCAGCAACCGCAGCAGCAGCAGCCGCCGCAGGAGGAACCCGGGACACCUUCCUCCUCCCCCGACGACAAGCUGCUGACCAGCCCCCGAGCCAUCAACAACCUGGUGCUGCAGGGUUGCUCGGCCAUCGGGCUGCGCCUGGUGCUCGAGUACCUCUACACGGCCAACGUGACCCUGUCCCUGGACACGGCGGAGGAGGUGCUGUCCGUCAGCAAGAUCUUGCACAUCCCGCAGGUCACCAAGCUCUGCGUGCAGUUCCUCAACGACCAGAUCUCGGUGCAGAACUACAAGCAGGUGUGCAAGAUCGCCGCGCUGCACGGCCUGGAGGAGACCAAGAAGCUGGCCAACAAGUACCUGGUGGAGGACGUGCUUCUGCUCAACUUCGAGGAGAUGCGCGCCCUGCUGGACUCGCUGCCGCCCCCCGUGGAGUCGGAGCUGGCCCUCUUCCAGAUGUCCGUGCUGUGGCUGGAGCACGACCGCGACGCCCGCAUGCAACAUGCGCCCGACCUCAUGAAGCGCCUCCGCUUCGCGCUCAUCCCGGCCCCCGAGCUGGUGGAGCGCGUCCAGUCCGUGGAUUUCAUGCGCACCGACCCAGUGUGCCAGAAGCUGCUGCUGGACGCCAUGAACUACCACCUGAUGCCCUUCCGGCAGCACUGCCGGCAGAGCCUGUCCAGCAGAAUUCGCUCUAACAAGAAAAUGCUGUUAUUGGUCGGGGGAUUGCCUCCAGGGCCGGACCGGCUCCCCAGCAAUCUGGUUCAGUACUAUGACGAUGAGAAGAAGACGUGGAAAAUACUCACAAGGUGA